AUGAGUAAAGCUGAAGAGGCUAUUGUGAGGUACAUCCAACAACAGACAUAUUCCAAGGAAUACAAGGCCUUACAGCAAAGCACGGCUGUGCAGGGAGAUGCAGCAAUUCAAGUAGCCAAUUCCAGUCCGCUUUCCAAAUUGAAUGUCCAGUUUACAGACGGAGGCCUAAUAUGUGUUGGAGGAAGGCUUCAAAAUUCGCCUCUGGACGAGCAGACAAAACAUCCAGUUAUCCUGCCACCAAAGCAUCAUGUUGUGAAACUCUUGAUACAACAUUAUCACUCCUUGUCCGGGCACUCAGGAAAGGAACACGUGCUUUCGCUGCUGAGGGAAAGGUACUGGAUACUCAAGGGAAGGCAAGCAGUACGGCAAGUAUUACACAACUGCUUUACAUGUAGAAGACUACGUGCCAGUCCAGUGGAACAGAAAAUGGCUGAUUUGCCAUCAGAUAGAGUGUUACCUAGCAAACCUCCCUUCAGCUACGUUGGAGUCGAUGUAUUUGGACCAUACAUGAUAAAGCAAGGAAGAAAUUUGGUAAAAAGAUAUGGAUGUAUCUUUACCUGUUUGAUUAUUAGAGCUGUUCACAUAGAAGUACUACAUUCAUUAGAGACAGAUUCAUUUUUGAAUGCACUCAACAGAUUUAUUUCCCGCCGUGGUCAACCAGAGAUUAUCAGGUCGGACAAUGGCACCAACUUUGUGGGUGCUGAACGUGAAUUGAGAGAAGGACUGAAGCGGUGGAACCAACAAAGAAUCCAGGGUCGCCUACUUCAAGAAGGAAUAGACUGGAAGUUUAACCCACCCACUGCUUCUCAUAUGGGUGGAGCUUGGGAAAGACAAAUUAGAACGACAAAGAAGGUCUUGAGUGCCGUGGUCAAACAGCAGACACUUACCGAUGAAGGUUUAUUGACUCUUAUGUGUCUGGUAGAGUCAAUUGUAAAUGGACGUCCAGUAACCACUGUCUCCGACGAUGCCCGAGAUGCUGAGCCCCUUACACCCAACCAUUUGUUGCUCCUGAGGUCAAAUAAUCCCCUUCCGCCUGAUGUAUUUCAGAAGCAGGACUUGUAUGGACGUCGGCGCUGGAAACAAAUCCAAUACUUAGCAGAUGUUUUCUGGCGGCGGUGGGUAAAGGAGUAUUUGCCUACCCUACAGCAACGUCAAAAGUGGCAAAAACCAACAAGAAAUCUGGUUGAAGGUGAUAUUGUAUUGAUAAUGGAUGAUCAACCUAGGAACAAGUGGCUAAUGGGAAGGGUGACAGAGACCUUCCCUGGUAAGGACAAGCUCGUCAGAUCUGUAAAGGUAAAGCACAGCAGUGGGACCCUAGAACGACCUGUUCAAAAAUUAUGCCUUUUGGAGGCAACCGGAUUAAAUGUUUAA